ACUGCACUCGUCUCAUGGAGGGAAGUUAAGUUUUGUUGUUGUUGUGUUUGUUAGCUGCUAACUUUAGCUCUGUAAACAUGUCUGACCUGCUAACAAAGAUAAAACACAGCGAGGAGAAGAAGAAGAAGAAGAAGACUUCUGUUUCUCAGACUGACUUACAGAAGCUCGGGUUAACAGGGAUCACGCUGCGGCCCUACCAGCUGGACGGGGUUCAGUGGCUGUCUGAGUGUCAGAGGAAGCAGCAAGGAUGCAUCUUAGGAGACGAGAUGGGUUUGGGGAAAACCUGCCAGACCAUCUCUCUGCUGGUGUUCAUGUCCGGGUCUCUCGGGCAGAGCGGUCCCUUUCUGGUUCUGAGCCCGCUGUCCGUCAUGGAGAACUGGAGGAACGAGCUGCAGAGGUACAUCCACUUAAUCAGAUAUAAAUACCAGAAUCAUUUUGAGUAGGUUUACACAUACGAGGAAUUCCCUU